AUGACCAAUUCGACGGUAAGCGCCUCUCCCCACAGCCCAUCCCUAACCCUAGCCCCAGCCCAGAUCCUAUCUCCGCCGCCUCCCGCCGCAGAACCAGACCGUGAGACGGUGCUGAACUACGUUUUCCAGGCGACCUCCGACGACGAGCUCUCCAUCUUCAAGGAGCUGGUCACGAUAAUACUGGACAAUGGCAGGGGCCGCCCCAAGGAAGCGAUUGAGGAAUUGAGGGUGGAAGAUGUCGGGCAGCUUGAAGGUUUCAGUGCGCUGCACAUUGCGGCCAGUAAAGGGAGUCUGGGGGUGUGCAGGUACCUCGUCGAGGAGCUGCUGGUAGAUGUGGAUCUGGUCGACAAGGAAGGUCCAUCUAUCUUCAGAACCCUAAUCUAUUGGUUUAGGACCCUGCGCACACAUUCAGUCUAG